AUGGAUUUGACAACGGAUGGAGCUAGCGAUAUGGAUCUCCCACCUCCUUUACCCUUCAUGAGAAGGAGAACACAGCAGAAUAGAACCCUUCAGCCUGCGUUGUCGCUCGGCCAUCCGCACGCGCCACCGCUCGACCAGCAGCCCGGUCCACAGCUCGCCCAUCAGCCGCAUCGCCGCUUGCAGCUGCUCCCGCCACUACUGCUAGCAGUACUGUUUCUGCAGAAAGAGAAGAAAUAA